AUGGCGUCUUGUCAAAUAGGCAUCCCGGUACCACAGCCGAUGUGCUGCAAGGGCAAUUUGGAGUCAAAUUGGAAGGCCUUUGAGGAGUCAUGGAACGACUACCGCAUAGCGACAGAGCUAGAUAAGAAGCCAGAUAGCGUGCAAGUAGCAACUCUCAGAUCAGUGAUGGGCCAAGAUUGUAAGGAUAGAUUGGCAACCUUACCGAUGAGUGAUGCAGAGAGACUGAAACCACAGAUCAUUGUCAAAAAACUGGCAGAACAUUUUGCUCCAGCAAGGAAUGUGCUAUACGAUCGGUAUGUCUUUCAUAGUGCCGUGCAACAGCAAAGUGAAAGUGUUGACCAGUUUGUUGUGCGGCUGCGCCAACUGAUCAAGCCUUGCAAAUUUGGUGACCUGGAGGAGGAGAUGAUCAGGGACAGGUUGGUGCUUGGGUGCAAGGACAAGCAGGCACAGGCACGCCUUUUCAGAGAACAGGAUACUGUGUGCACCUUGAAAAAGGCAAUCGCAGCCCUGGAAGUUAGUGAGCUAUCCCAGCAGCAACUUAGAAUUGUAAAGGGAGAAGAGACUGUAAAUUACAUGCAGAACCAGCGUAAGAAGGGAAAAGCGAGCAGCCGACAGCAGCAGUUCAACUCCAAGACAAGAAACAUGGAUAAGAAAUCAGGAAAGAAUUUCACUGCACAAAAAGACGAGGUUAGUGGAUGCAGAUUCUGUGGUGGUAGCCAUGGAAAAGGCCGUGAAAGCUGUCCAGCAUAUGGAAAAACCUGUCGAAAGUGCAGCAAACAAAACCAUUUCCAAAACGUAUGUAAAGCUAAAGUGCAGAGAGGUAUGAAACCCUCCUCUGUCUAUCAGCUGGACAGCAGUGAUGAUGAAGAUGCACUGACAGUGGAGGAGGUAGGGACAUUGAAUAUUCACGAUGGUGGAAAGAAGCUGACCUUGCCAUUGGAUGUAAAGAUAAACGAACAUCAACAAGGAAAACUGGAAUGUUUGAUAGAUACAGGGUCAACAUGCAAUGUGCUAUCCUACAGACAAGUGUGUGAGCUGGAGAAUUCAGGACAACCUUGCAUUGAUCCAAGCAAAUCCAGAAUAAGGCUGUUGAAUCGUAGCAUAAUUCCAGUUCUGGGAGAGAAGACGUACACUUGUCAUUAUGGUACCAAGCAGCAUGAUAUAACAUUCAAGAUAGUUGAUGUCGAACACAUACCCCUAUUGUCCAGCAAGACAUCCAUCGACAUGGGACUGAUUACUGUCAAUGUUACUGAUGAGGUCAACGUAAUGGGGGACAGUAUUAUUGAUGACUAUGCUGAUGUCUUUGAGGGUCUUGGUUGCCUGCCAGGUGACUACGACAUGGAGAUCGAUCCAUCCAUUCCCUCAGUCAAGAACUUAGCUAGAAAGGUGGCAGUGCCUCUGAAGGGAGAACUGAAGCAGAAGCUUGAUGAGCUAGAGCAGAGAGGCAUUUUGAAGAAGGUUUCAGCACCCACGGACUGGGUCAGCAACACGGUUUUGGUCAAGAAACCAGGCAAACUCAGAAUCUGCUUGGAUCCAAGAGAACUGAACAGAGCGCUGAAGAGACCACACUAUCUUAUGCCCACGAUGGAUGACAUCCUACCAAAGCUUGCCAAGGCCAAGGUGUUCUCAGUGCUAGAUGCGAAGGACGGUUUUUGGCAAGUGAAGCUGACAGAAAGGAGCAGUUUACUGACGACAUUUGCAACGCCAUUCGGUCGUUAUAGAUGGACUCGUAUGCCCUUUGGCAUAUGUACAGCACCGGAAGAGUUUCAGAGAAGGCAACAUGAGAUCAUUGAAGGCUUAUCUGGUGUUGAUGUUGUGGCAGAUGACUUCCUAGUAUAUGGCAGUGGUGCUAAUCUGGAGGAAGCCUUAGCAGACCACGACAAGAAUCUCCGCAAGUUCUUGGCAAGAGCAAGAAAGGUCGGGCUAACCUUGAACAAGAAGAAGCUCAGAUUACGACUGAGUGAAGUGCCAUACAUGGGACAUCUUUUGACAGCAACUGGCCUUAAACCGGAUCCAAAGAAGGUACAGGCUGUUGUGGAGAUGCCAACUCCGACUGACAAGAAAGGUGUCCAGAGGCUAUUGGGUAGUGUUACUUACCUUGCAAGAUUCUUGCCUCGACUAUCACAUGUGGCAGAGCCUCUGAGGCGUCUGACUGACAAGGAUGUGCACUUUGAGUGGAGACCGGAACAUGAGGAAACGCUCAAAGAGGUGCAACAACUCCUCACGCAAGCUCCAGUGCUCAAGUACUAUGACGUCAAAGAGGAGGUCACCAUACAAUGUGAUGCUUCGGAGAAGGGACUGGGAGCGACCUUGCUUCAGAAUGGGCAGCCAGUAUCAUUUGCAUCUAGAUCCUUGACAAGGAGUGAACAAAACUAUGCCCAAAUUGAAAAGGAGUGCUUGGCUAUAGUAUACAGCUGCGAGAAGUUUGACCAAUUCAUACGGGGAAGAGAUGUAACAGUGCAUACCGAUCACAAACCCCUCGUACCAAUCUUCAAGAAGGCUAUACAUAGUGCCCCAAAGCGGCUCCAGAGGAUGAUGCUAAGACUCCAGAACUACCAUCUGGAUGUGAUAUACUGUCCAGGCAAAGAAAUGUAUAUCGCUGAUUGGCUGAGCAGAGCGUUCUUACCAACCACUGAAGGCAGAGAUAAAAUCUAUCAGGAGAUAGAACAAAUCAAUCAGACUGAAUACGUCAGAAUCAGUGAUGCAACGUCUAUUCAGCUGCAAAAGGAGACGCUCCGAGAUCCAGCACUGCAGACACUGACGUCGGUAGUAAUGAACGGAUGGCCGGAGACCAAAGAUGAUGUUCCUGUAGUAGUACGUGAGUACUACAAUUACCGAGACGAAAUAACGGUACAGAAUGGAGUUCUAUACAAGGGCAUGAAAGUUAUUGUUCCAUCAGCCAUGAGAGCCCUAAUGCUGAAUCGAGUGCAUAGCAGUCACCUGGGAGUCGACGCCUGUGUUAGACGCGCUCGGGAUGUUCUCUUUUGGCCAGGUAUGCAGGCAGAGGUGAAAGAAAAGGUGACACAAUGUAGCACCUGCAAUGCGUUUCAGCCAAAACAACAAAAGGAGCCUAUGUUGUCGUAUGAUAUUCCGAGCAGGCCUUGGAGUAUCGUGUCACAGGACCUUUUCACUCUUCACAACGAGGACUAUCUGAUAACUGUUGACCACUACAGUGAUUACUGGGAGAUCGACAAGAUAACAGGUGACACCAGAGCAGCAGUCAUUGUGGCAUGCACAAAAGGCCAUUUCGCACGAUAUGGACGUCCAGACAAGGUGAUAACAGACAAUGGACCCCAGUUUGUUGCCAAGGAGUAUGCUCAGUUUGUUACCGACUGGGAGGUUGAGCAUAUAACCUCUUCGCCAUUGCAUGCUCAAAGCAAUGGAAAAGCAGAAUCAGCAGUGAAAAUUGCCAAAACUCUCCUAAAGAAAGCAGCAAAACAAGGAGAAGACAUCCAGUUGGCUUUAUUGGACUGGAGGAAUACUCCUGCUGAUAGUGGUGCCAGCCCGGCACAAAAGAUGAUGGCUCGACGAACCAACACUCUACUACCAACACCAGAAGCACUCCUUAAACCACAAGUAAUAGGGGGUGUAUCACAACACAUCAGUCACAAGAAACAGAGGGCCAAGAAAUACUAUGACCAAACAGCAGCACCACUCCCUGAGCUAGAGAUUGGACAACCGGUCCGCAUCCAGCCUAAGAAUCGUGGUUUGGAGUGGGGCAAAGGAAUCUGCAUGGAGAAAGUUGGUCCACGGUCAUUCUUGGUUCAAACAGAAGCUGGCCGAAUGUUAAGGAGGAACCGGAGGUUCUUGAGAUCAACCGCUGAACCUCUCAUUCCAGACACACAGAUGGCUGAGACAGAGAGCCCAACAACAACACGUGAUAGCCCAGAAGAUGCUACUAUAUUCCAGCCAGUGGGUCAACAACCAUCCUACGCUGAAGUGACAGCAAAACCAGUCGAAUCGCGUGCUAAGGAGGUACCCGUGAACAACUCUCAGACUCAAUCAACAAGCGCUGGUCGCGGAACGAACCAAUCGAACUGGCCUACCAAAUCUACGCGCACCAGAACAGGAAUCCAGAUGCCAGCGAAAUAUAAUCAGUUCGUUAGCAAAUAA